CGUAGCCGGUAAAAACCCCCACCAGUUACCGGUUCGCUCUGAAUUAUGGGGACGAGGUUCAAAACCUUAUUGGGGGUUUAAGAAACAAGAGAAAAGAGUUAGGAGGUUUUUGUGGGGGGUUUUUGGUGAUCCGACAGACAGACCCAUUUUCGUAGAAACUGAGGGUUCCAUUUCCAUAUCAGGCUCAAGUUAUUAUAUAUUGUAGUCUGCAAUGGGUUGAAUUGGAGGUUUUCCAACUACCCUUUUACCUUGGCAGAUGUUACUUUUAGUGGAUGACUCUUUGUACUUGCGAUGAAUGACUGAGAUAUGGUAUUGCAGCGGAGGUUGGAAUAUGGCUUCAAUGGCUACCGGGUGCCUGAGGUUCCUCGAGCUUCUAGAUCAGCUAGGGGGAGGGGACCUAUCAGGAGUAAAUUUGAGGCCAAUCAGAUUCAUGCGUUUGAGAGUUUGGCUGGUGUAGCUGGUAAACUAUUGCAGGAGAGCAAAGACCCUCUGCCAACUAAUGAUUCUUGUGGAAAGGAUCCGCAUUUCAAAUUUGACGUUAUUACUAAAAGCGAACAACAGGAUACAGGAAACUUGUUGAAGGAAGAACCUUGUGAAUUGGGAAGCUGUGAUGAGGAAACCUUUUUAUACGUGCACGGCUUGCAAGAGCCCCGAGAAAGCUAUACAUUGAAUGGGGUUUCACAUUCUCAGGAAAAUUUUAGUUAUGAGAUCAACUCGGUGUCAAAAAGUUUAGAUUCAGAGGGGAUCAAUAUUGGUAAGGGAUUGGGUGCAGUUGAUAGCAGAAUUUUUAGUGGAAGCUAUUCUAACAAAGUAGUUAAUGACUCUCCCUUAUCUGGAGAGACCAUUGUAGAUCUACUUAAGAGGAAGCGAGCGACUGAACCAUCACAGGAUACCAGUAUAAAGGAUGAAAGAAUCGAGUUUCUAGGCAGUUCAGAGGAUGUAAUGGAAGUAGAAGAAAGGCCUCAUGAGCUGGUCAGUUCUGAACAUGAUGUGAAGACUCUGUUUUCAAGGGAGUGCAAAAAUCGAGGACCUUUUCUCCGCCACCGUUCUAAUAUUAGAGAAGUUAAUAGAGAUGAUGAUGAAUACACCAUGACAAAGGAAUAUGAACACCCACCAGACAACGGUGAUAGGACAAUAAUGAAUCUGGCUGCAUCCGGGCAUGAUGGGAAAAGAAGGCAAGUUAACCGCAAUUGGAGAACUUGCUACGCACAUCAAAGGUCACAAAAGAUUUAUCCUUUCAAAAAGAGAAAGCUCUUUAAUUGGAGUCCACUCAAUACAUCUGAUAGAGGGUGUAACUGUGAAGACAUAUUCAACUCCCCCGACAAGAUAGUAAAUGGCGACAGCUGCUGCGCAGCAGUUGGAUCAUCCUCAACGACGGGUCAGCAAGUGCCUCCCAAGUCUAACAAUUUGAAGCUUAGUAUUAAAUCCUUCAAGGUCCCUGAGCUGUUUAUUGAAGUUCCUACAACCGCAACUGUUGGUUCAUUGAAGAGGACAGUAAUGGAGGCAGUAACGUCAAUACUCGGAGAUGGAUUACAUGUUGGCAUCCUGGUCCAGGGAAAAAAGGUCAGAGAUGACAACAAGACUCUACUUCAGACAGGGAUUUCUCAGGAUGACAAGCGACAUAAUUUGGGUUUUAUAUUGGAGCCCAAACGGGCAAAGCUUACGUACCCUCCAUUCAGUGAAGAUCCAUCUUUGGUAUCUGGCAGGUCUCAGGAGUUAACCAGGCAUUCGACAUCUUUGGUGUCACAACCGGGGACUUCAGAUGUCUCGAUGAAUCCUCCAGUACUCAGUUUGGGUGGCCGCAAUGGUAGAGACUUCAAAGUUCCUUCUCUUGCUGGUACUUUGAUUGGCAAAACUCCGCCAACAUGCCAAGCUCUUGUUGCAGUUCCACCAGUUAGCAUGAAGGCAUUGGCUGUGGUUCCUUUCCAUCGGAAAUCUGGGCAUCAAGAGUAUGUACAGCGCCGAAUCAGGAGACCUUUCUCUGUUCCAGAAGUAGAAGCAUUGGUUCAGGCUGUUGAGAAACUUGGAACGGGAAGGUGGCGUGAUGUUAAGUUGCGUGCUUUUGAAAGUGAAAAACAUCGAACUUACGUGGAUUUGAAGGACAAGUGGAAAACACUGGUGCACACAGCAAGGAUCUCCCCGCAGCAAAGGAGAGGAGAGCCCGUUCCACAGGAGCUUUUGGACCGGGUCCUUGCCACCCAUGCCUACUGGUCUCAUCGGCACGCCAAGCAGCAGGUGAAAGUGGCGGUCUGAGCCCGGGGCUUUGUAAAAGAGAACUGGAAGGAGAAGGGUAUAUUGUCUAUAUGUAAAGAUUACAGACAGAAAACUUGACAUGUAAAUGUGACUUGAUGUAAAAUGCUGCCUUUAACUUGACCCACAAGACACCAAAUCUUUUAUUUCCCAGUUAAGUAGUGUCUUGUGAUUCAAUGCACAAUUAAAUUUUCAAAAUUUUGAGGGUUGUUUCUACCAACAUUUGACUUGUCAGGUAUACCUUAA